AAGGGAUAAACAGUCGAUGGAAGAGUAUUAUAACUCUGCUCUUUGUAUUGAAACUUUUUUAGAAAGGCAUUGAGCCUUCUCAUUAAAUAAAAUCCCAGCUAUCUAAAAAAAUAAAAAAAUGCUCAGUAGCUUAGACCAAAUUUCCCGCUAAAGGUUUAAAUUGGGAUCGCUGAUAUCCCAAUUAAAAUCCUAGUUUUUCUUUUAUUAAACUAAAUAAACAUCAAUGGCAGUAGCAGUUCUUCCGAUUCUUCAAUUCGAAGAUAAAAUUAUCGAAACAGUUGAACAAAAUUCAGUAGUAGUUGUAAUAGGAGAGACUGGUUCAGGUAAAAGUACCCAACUCUCUCAAAUCCUACAUCGAAGAGGGUACACAAAUUCUGGAAUUAUUGCAGUUACUCAACCUCGCAGAGUCGCUGCUGUCUCCGUUGCCAGACGAGUAGCCCAAGAACUGAAUGUGCUGUUAGGCGAGGAAGUUGGGUACGCUAUUCGAUUUGAGGAUAGAACAACGGAGAAGACUAAGAUUAAAUAUCUUACUGAUGGAGUUUUACUCCGUGAAAGCCUUUCAGAUCCAGAGCUAAAGCAAUAUUCAGUUAUCAUAUUGGAUGAGGCUCAUGAAAGGAGUCUAAACACUGACAUUUUGUUGGGAUUGGUGAAACGAUUGAUAAAGAUGAGGUCAUCUAAUUUAAAGGUUCUGAUCACUUCAGCAACUCUGGAUGGUACCAAGGUAUCGGAGUUCUUCUCCAAUUGUCCUGUUUUGACUGUCCCUGGGAAGUUGUUCCCUGUGGAGAUAUUGUACAGCAGCGAGCGCCCUACAAGCUAUCUUGAUGCUUGCUUAAAUAAGGCUCUGAAUAUACACACCCGACAACCAGAAGGAGAUGUGUUAAUAUUCAUGACAGGGCAGGAUGAUAUCGACAAAUGCGUUAAAAAGUUGGAGGAGAGAGUUCAAAGUUUAGAAGAAGGAUGCUGUAUGGAUGCUAUAAUUCUUCCACUUCAUGGUUCUUUACCACCUGAAAUGCAGGUGCGUGUGUUCAGUCCGCCCCCACCAAACUGUAGGCGGUUCAUUGUUGCCACAAACAUUGCUGAGACUUCUUUAACAGUAGAUGGUGUAGUGUACGUUAUUGAUUCUGGUUAUCUAAAGCAAAGGCAAUACAACCCAUCAACGGGCAUGUACUCUCUUGACAUUGUCCAGAUCAGCAAAGUGCAAGCUAAUCAGCGUGCAGGGAGAGCUGGAAGAACUUGUCCUGGAAAAUGUUAUCGGCUGUACCCCUCGGAUAUUUACCAUGAGGAUUUUGCCGAAGUCACGAUCCCUGAGAUACAACGUUCUUCUCUUGCUGGAAGUGUGCUUUAUUUGAAAUCACUCGACCUUCCUGAUAUCGAUAUCCUCAAAUUUGAUUUCCUCGAUCCACCCUCACGUGAUUCUUUAGAAGACGCUCUGAAACAAUUAUAUCUUAUCAAUGCAAUUGAUGAAAGUGGAACUAUUACACAAAUUGGAAGGACAAUGUCUGAGUUGCCACUAGAACCUUCACUUUCGAGAACCCUGAUCGAGGCAAAUGAGUAUGGUUCCUUGUCCCAGGCCUUGACUGUGGUAGCCAUGCUAUCAGCAGAAACGACAUUACUUCCCACUCAGAGUAAGAGUAUUGACAAGAAGAGGAAACAGGCUCCUUCAGAUUUACCAGACGGUUCUGGAUGGGGUGAUCACAUUCAGUUGCUCCAAGUGUACGAGGACUGGGAUCGAGCCAACUAUGAUCCACGUUGGUGCACAGAUAAUGCAUUGCAGGUACGAGGGAUGAUGUUCACCAAGGAUGUCAGGAAACAAUUGUCUCAAAUACUGCAGAAAAUAUCAAAAGGACCACUGGAUGUGCAAACAAAUCGAAGACGACGAGAAAGCCGACAAGAUUAUAAAAACUUAAGGAGGGCUUUAUGUGUAGGUUAUGCAAGCCAGUUGGCCGAGCGAAUGAUUCACCAUAAUGGUUAUAGAACCCUUGGUUUUAAACCACAGCUUGUUCAGGUACACCCAUCUUCGGUUUUGAAGGCAGAUGAGGAUGGGAAGCUACCCAACUAUGUGGUGUACCAUGAACUUAUUACUACCUCUCGUCCUUUCAUGCGCAAUGUUUGUGCAGUGGAGAUGUCGUGGGUCAUGCCGAUCUUACAAAAACUUGAGAAAAUAGAUGUAAACAAGCUCAGUGGUGGAUUUGCUACUCCUGAAGAAUCUUUGCAGGAACAAGUCUCAGAUCUUCCAAAGAAAGAAGCUGAUAUUGUCGAUCCACUUGACCGCAACAACCAAAUUCUAGCUGCCCGAGAACGUUUUCUUGCUCGAAAGUUGAAGAAGUAACUUUAUUGACCUGGCUUAGUUCUUCUGGAGUUCCUUCAAGAGAGGGUUUCUAGUCUUUUACUAGUGUCUUCACUGAGAUGAGACAUUAUCGAAUUUUCCCCAAGAGUUGUAUGAUUGUUAGAACCAAAAAAGAUGUAAUACCUUUCCAUCUGUACCAUAUAGCAAGAUUAUCUUCUUCUUUUUUUCUGCAUACUUUUGUACAUAACUACAUUUAGAAGAUGGGAAAUAAACAAGAUAUCUACUGAGUCUUACCUCCA